UUCAGGAACCCUUGUGCACAUCACUUUUACCCAAACGAUCUUCAGUACGUGCGCGCUGACGGGUGAGAUUACAAAUGCACAAUCGUCGCUAAAGCUGAAGGAUCCGCACAGUUAAUACACGUACGUUCGUAACAUAUGCUGUCAAAUAUGUUUGCCGUCAAGACAUGGACGCUUGUCACGUUGCUAGCAUGUAUGGCGUACGGGCAAAGGAAGCCGCCGAACUAUCAGCAAAAUGAAAUGCCACCGACCAGUUUCAGCUGCAAGGACAAAAUCGUCGGCGGUUACUACGCGGACCCCGAAACUUCGUGUCAAAUGUUCCACGUCUGCGUCAAUGUCGUAGGCUCUGGGCUUCAAGAUUUCCGGUUUCUCUGCCCGAACGACACGGCGUUCGAUCAAGAGAAUCAAAUUUGCGACGACUGGUAUAACAUUGACUGCGAAGCGGCUACAUUGUAUUACAGCGACAACUUUGACUUGUACAAGCUUGGUUCCGGCGGAGCUCAGGCCGUCACGUCCGGCAAAGCGACCCCGAUACCACUGGGACCGUCCAGCGCAUCGCCCAACACGGUGGCCCUACCGCAUCCCAAGUCCAGAAGCCGGCCGUCGCUGUCGGUGCCGGUGAACAAUGCGGUGUCGGAGACCGACGACGACUAUUACCUGCAGCGGAGCGACUCGUCGGACAGCCGGCUGCAGCACGACCUGUUGCGCGGCAGCAGCUCCGGCAACUUCUUCAGCAACCGGAACCGCGGCGUGGAGAACCCGGAUGACUACGAUGACACGCGGGUACCAUCCGCGAAGGACGUGCCCAAGAAGAACACGAAGGCGCCGUUCAGGAAGCUGUUGACGGGCAAGAAACCCAUCGCGGAGUCGUCCACGAGCACCACCACCACCACCACCACCACCGCCGCCGCCGCCGCCGCCGCCACCGCUGCCGCCGCGGUUCAGUGGAACGCUGCUAGCACGACGACCACGGUCAGGCAACCCAGCUACAAGCCAACCACGUACCGGAGCAAGGACCGCGGUCGCGUCAACUACAAAACGUACUUGGACAAGCAGGCCAAAGCGGACGAGUACGAUUACCAGAAAGUGGCGAAACCCGCCACCGCUGCGCUACCUGCGACGGUAACCAGCAGCAGCAGCUCGUUCCAAACGACCACGGCCAGAGCCACAAACAACAACGCGUUCCAGACCACGCAGAUCAACAUUGCCCACACGGACCUACCGGAAAACAAUGAUUUCCUACGAAUCGCACCCACCAACCGCAAUAACAACUUUCAAUCCACCCGGAUCAAUGUGGUGCCCGCCAAUAACAACAACAAUAAUUUCCAAGUCAACAACAAUAAUUUCCAAGCCAACAACAAUAAUUUCCAAGCCAAAAAUAACAAUUUCCAAGCCGACAACAAUAAUUUCCAAGCUAAAAACAAUUUCCAAGCCAAUAACAAUAAUUUCCAAACCAACAACAAUAAUUUCCAAGCCAACAAUAACAAUUUCCAAGCUAAUAACGCAUUCCCGGCAAACAAUAACAAUAAUUUCCAAGUAAACAACGCGAUCCCGUCCAACAACAAUUUCCAAUCGAAUAAAGUAUUCCAGUCCGUCAACAACGUGAAUCAGAACUUCCAACAAAAUAAUAACAACUAUAACCAGGGCUUCGUAUCGGACAGGAUAGCGUCUACGACUGUGCAAAACUUCAAAAAUCAGAACCCGACCACAAAUAGUUACCAGACCAAUGCCUUCCAGCAACAGCAGCAGGGUAACAAUGGGUUCCAACAGGGAAACGCUUUCCAAUCGGGUAACGCUUUCCAGCCAGACAGCCAGUAUCAGAACGUAGCUCCGACCACUCAAAAGUACAAUGGGUACCAGUCGACCACAAACGCGUUCCAGACGCCGACGUCGUACAACGCGGGGAACUCGUUCCAGCAACAGCAGCAGCAGCAGCAGACGUCGCUGCAGCCGCAGUUCCAGUCCACCACGGAGCACUUCUCGAAAGAUUUCAAGGCGAAGUUUGAUCCGUACAACAGUUACCAUCAGAGAACGAACGAGGAAGCGGGCGAAACGUUGAAAACGGCGUACAGCACCAACCUGAGGCCGAGCGACCUGAACGCUCUGAUCCAGCCCAAGCCCAAGUCGAUAAACGCCACGCUGUCCGUCGGGUUCAGCUUCAACAAGGCGGACGGUGGCGUUGCCAAGUCCACGGUGAUCGUGCCGGCGCCCACCACGCAGAAGCCGAGGCCGUUCACCACACAGCAGCCCACGACCGCGCAACAAACGACGCAGGCGGUGGCCAGGACUACCGCUUUCGCGGCCGCCCCGAGCACCACCAAAAAGGCCGUCGUCACCAAAGACAAGGACUCUUCGUACGAUUACGCGUACUACGACGACAGCAAUCACAACGAUUACAGCGACGCGGUGCCCGAGGAGUUUUCGAGAAUUCAAAACGUGAAACAGUAGUUAUAAACAGCCAUAACACUCCGAUCCGAAAACGCGUGUAACUUUUUGUAAAUAAAUCGUAGGCUUACGUUGAAAAAAAAAAA